UGGACGUGUUUCGAAAUGGACAAUGCAUUCAAUUUUUACGAGUUGAAAGGAAUAUGCAGGCGAGAAGUACUAGGAAAUCUCUCACUAAAACUAGGAAAUCCAAGAAUCUCCAGUUUCUUCCGUAUGCAAGAAGAAACUCAGAAGCGAUAACAGAUUUCAUGAUAGUAACAUUAAGAAUUAGAACAGAAGAUAAGAUUCUCUCACGGAAAAGAUUUGUAGUCGUUGAAAAGAAAAAAAUAAGAACGAGCGAUGGGCCCACGUUCUUCGACCAAGAGGAAGACGUUGGACGUUACGGAUUGCCUCAUGAAAUGUUACAAUUACAAGUUGAAGACAAAGAAAUCCGGCUUGGCGACGACAUCCAUCCGGAGGAGGCGAAGUUUCCUCGAUUUCAAAAAAUUCCUCCUGCUCGUCCAACUAAGGAAAAUCGAGAGCUUACAAUGGAAGCUGUCGCAAAGACUGUGAAUAUUUCCACGUUUUCUGAUUGUUUGCAUAAUACAUGUUAAUACAUAAACGCUAUUUUCAUUCAAAACAAAAGUUUUGGUUUAAAUAUGUUUUUAUGAUAUUUCAAUGUAAACAAUGCUUAUUUGUAUCAUAUGUAAAUUAACAAAAUAUUCUGAUGAUGUAUUAUUUAUUGUAUCUUACAUAUUUUCGUAUCUUGUAAUAUUAGUUUGAAAUAUAUUACUUCAGUUAAU